CCCAUGAUGGUGCGAACCCGAGACUCAACGACCUUUGCUUUUAACUUCAUCUUGGUUCUUUUUUCAGUUACAGUGUUUAGAGCAUACUAGAGAGGAAACUAAUUGGUGAAAGUGCCGCCAGCUGUCGUAGGAACCCGCCAGCUAGCUGUUCUCGCCACCGCCAGCUGUCAUGCACAAUCUGCCCGAAGAGCACGACUUUAAUCGCAGACAUCGGUUCCUUGACCCAGACCCAAAUAAUUCUGGUCGGGAACGAGCAACAAGCCAACCACCAAGAGCAAACCUAACAAGUCUACGCAAUCAAAACUCUCCUUCAUCUUCACCUUCUUCCUCAUCAUCUCCCUGGUCACCACGCAUGCUCCAACAACCAACUCGUACAACGACAACACCAACAACAUCAACAGGUCUCCCAAUGAACGUACCAACUCGUAGCUCCUCCUUCUCAAACCCCCAAUCAAACUAUAGCUCCGCACUCCGCGAAUCCCACUUUGAAUCUACGUUCGAAGAUGACGAAUCAGAAGCACUCUCAGAUACCUAUGAGCAUCAUGACGAGGACCGCUACCUACCCACUUCGUCCCGUGGUCGUUCCUACGCCCCCGAUCUCACCCGCAGCCGCUCUCAAAGCCUCGCUACCACCACCACCCGCCCCACCUUAAUCCAAACCCCAUAUCAGCAUUCCAACCCAUGGGCAGACGCAGCUAACAAUAACAACACAAACCCUCUCAAUAUUCCAGCUGCUAGGUAUGGAGAGAUCAAACCACCUGCGUCUAGUCGUUACGGGAGCCUCGGCGCUAUGGGCAGGUCCCCGCUCGCCGAUAAUGGCUAUCCGAACAGGAACACCAUCGACGUUUCCAAUAUGAGUCCUUUUGUUCGUGAUGUCGGCCAGAUCCUCCUAGACGACGGCUCUGCAUUCCGAGAACUCUGGGCAGGUAUGAAUCCUCCAAAAGACGAGAAUGGCGCGGGCGGAAGUGGGACUACUAGUCGGAGACACAGCGUUAGUGUCGUUCAGCCCCGUAGGCCUACUAUCGUGGGGUUUAAUGCGCCUGAGAGUCCUGGGGACGAGACACAUGGCCAUAGUCGUGCUGGCGUGUUUAAUGCACAGCCGUUUGGAGGCAGGGGCGGUCUUAUGUUUUCAGAUGAUGAUUUAGCUGCUGAUCUCGGUGUACUGAGCCUGAAAGAGUCCGGUGCGCCGUCUAGCUCGUCAACCACGAGCCAGCCGUCUUCCCUCCCCAUCUACCCACGCAGCCCUCCCUCUGCAGACCGCGUAUCCCCCUACCACCUCAACAUCCCGUCUGGCACGAGCUUCGCAUCCCGCCAACAAUUCGGGUCUCCAAGCGACAGUGCGCUUUCUACGGGUGGAAGUCCCCCUCGGGGACAUUUUGACCAGCAGAUUUUGGAGGCGCAGUAUACUCAGCAGCCCCUUACGGCGCGGUUCAUCCCAGGGCAGGGUAUCCAGUACCUCCCUGCGCAGAACAACGGCGCUGGGUUUGCGCGCCAAGGCCCGCUCUCACCUACUACCUCCCGCCCUAUCCAACCUCAACAAGGCCCGUACUAUCACCAAAUCCAACGACGCCUCUCCGAUGCGAGUCAAACUCAGCAAACGCCCUUGAGCGACUUAGGGAAAGGACUCCCUCUAAGCAGCGUCCCAGCCUCCUGGCCGCUCUUCAUUGUCGAAUUCAAAGCAGGACGUACGGACCUCUUCUAUCUCACUGAUUUGAGCCAAGAUAUCAGAGUCGGGGAUUUGGUGAUCGUUGAAGCGGAUAGAGGGAAGGAUUUGGGCAAGGUUGUUAAUGAUAGUAUUACGCUUAAGGAGGUGGAGGCGUUUCAGAGGGAGGUCAGGGAGAGAGAGGCGGGGGAAGUGAUGAGUCCUGGUGGGGUUGGUGCGAGUGCUGCUGGGACGGGGAAGAAGGAGAUUAAUCCAAAGAUGAUUUAUGGGAAGGCGCAGGCUCAUGAUACUCAGCAUUUAGUGACGAAGAUGCAAGAUGAAGUUAAAGCGCUGCAAUUGUGUCAGAGUAAAGUUCGGCAGAAGAAACUUCCUAUGGAGGUUAUUGAUGCGGAAUAUCAGUGGGAUCGACGUAAACUCACGUUCUACUUUAUCGCUGAAAAACGAAUUGAUUUUAGGGAGCUUGUCCGGGAGUUGUUCCGGUGUGUCUUUUUUCCCUAGCUGUGCUAUGCCUGUGUCUAUGCUUUGCUUGAUGUGCAUGUGUUUACUCGCUCGCUUGCUAACGAAUUAAUUACAGGUUGUAUAAAACAAGGAUCUGGAUGGCCUCUUUACAAGGCCCAGGAGGGUACGAGCAGUAAUUGCUCCCCUUACAUCUAUACAAGUAACGACGAAAGAGGAGAGGAUCAGAACGGAAUCCUAAUCCCAAAAACGCCCAACUACAAACCACCCAAACGCAA